AUGAAGCCGUUAGGUCGAAGUUACCCUUUUCAACAUAUUUCGUUCCAAGUUAAAACGUUCCAGUUAUGUGGAUUAUGGUUUUAUAUGCAACAUAAUAUAAAAUCACCCACGUUUUGGUUUGAUUUUUUGUUAAAAGGUUUCAUUGGAAUUUUUGUAUUUUUUAUACCGCCGUUAGGUCAAAUUAUUUAUCUAACAAAAUUGAUUUUCUCUGGAAAAGCUGAAGUACAAGAAGGAUGCGGAACAAUAAAUUUAAUUUUGACAGAAUUGAUGACUUCUUUGGGAUUACUGAAUUUACGUGGCCGACGUUCCUUGUUCAAAGAACUUGUGAUGCAAAUGGACAGAAAAGAAUUCUCGCGUUUUCAAAGAUUGGAAGCAAAAAAUAUCAUAGAAAAAAGUGUUAAACUUUCUAAGAAGCUAUUUGUAUGGCUUACAGCGAGUUCAGCUAUUGAUAUAGCGAUACAUACAAUUAUAGUUCCGGCACUAAAAGGUUUUAAAGUUUUGCCCGUGAAUAUGGAUUUCAUAUUUUUCGAUGUAUACGAAAAUCCAUACUUCAACAUCAUUAUAGUUUACCAGAUUUUAUAUAAGCUUAUUUUGCUUUUAACUUUUUCGGCUCUUCAGACUUUGCGGUGGGCGUUUAUGCUAUGUGCAAUCAGCCAAUUGGACAUUUUAAUUUACAAUCUCAAAAAUAAAAAUAAGUCGUUCUAUAAUGCUUUUCGAAGAAAUGUUAUCCAUCAUAACGCUAUAAUACAAUUUGUAAAAGCAAUUGAAUCGACGUUUGGAGGACAAUUCACGUUAUUUUUCUUGAUAAAUUCGUGUGUCAUCUGUACUACAGCUAUUCAGUUUAUUUCGGUACAAAAUCCUAUUGACCACAUCAUGGAUAUUUUUUGGAUGUUUGGUUUUCUGAGUAUAUUAAUAUUCAUACUUUUCUUUGACUGCUAUUUUGGAACUAUCAUAACUGAAAAGAAUUCAUAUAUAUCAACGGUCAUAUAUUGCUACCCAUGGAUCGAUUUACCAAAUAACGCAAAGAAGAAUCUUAUCAUUUUUAUUGGACGAAACCAGAGAACCUUGGCAAUAAAUGCGGCUAAACUCAUACCCGUUUCCAUAGAGACGUUCACUAAGAUAAUGAACUGGACAUACAAAUGUUUCGCUAUUUUAAAUCACAUGAAGAAUUAGCUCACAUGAAAAUAAUUUAAGAACACAUUUAAUGUAAUAAAAACUUAAAUCACUGCAUAAGUUAUUUGUAGCACAUAAAAUUACUAAAGGUUUUAAUAGACGUGUAAAGCCAUUUUA